AUGAGCGCCGCCAUGAACCAGAGCAUUUACGACAUCUCCUUCCCGUUGCAUUCGCUCGCGACGACCGAGACGCCCGAGGCGAGUGCGACCGACGACCUCUGGCAGCUGGACGCGCCAACGUCGAUCGACCGAAGCGACAAGGUCGGGGCCACGAAUCUGCGCGCCGUGCACGACAUGCGCAUGUCCGACCUUCACAACACGCCCGUCUACAUCCAAGCAAUGGCACCCGCCAUGCGCCCCGACCCUCGUCCUCUCCCCGCACUUGCGUCCGUGCACUGCAGCGUCGCCGUCGCUGUGUAG